AUGAGCGGCACCCCGUCGAACGUCGUUUCUGCGGCGUGGUCGGAGUUGGCGCUGGACAGCCGCAUUUUGGAGGCGAUCAGACGCGUCAAGUGGAAGUCGCCCACCCCUGUGCAGAGCGCAUGCAUCCCGUUGGCGUUAAAGGGGCGCGACUUGGCCGUUCAGUCCCGCACGGGCAGCGGAAAGACGGGCGCCUUUGUUAUCCCCAUCCUGCAACGCAUCAUCACUGAGGCGGAGCAGAUGCGCCACCGACGCAGCGCAAAAAACCCCCUGGCCCUCAUCCUGCUGCCCUCCGUCGAGCUGUGCGAGCAAACCGUUGAGGUGGUGAACUUCCUGGCAAAGUAUGUGAGGCCGAGAAUUGUGGUGGACAACUUGACCUCCCGCGGAGCCGUCACAAAGGCGCGCAUGGCCUCUGCCCCCAUUCUUGUUACCACCGCCGCGCUGUUAGGCAAGCACUGCCGCAGUGGCGCGGUGACGGCGGAGGACUUGGCCUCGCUUCGGUGCGUUGUCAUUGACGAGGUGGAUUUGGUCAUGUCGAUCGCCGAGGGUUCACUGCGCGCGGUGCAGUCCGUUUUACCGCCCUCGGUGCAGACCAUUCUUGCCUCCGCGACCUUGACGGACGGCGUGGUGAACAUCAAGAGCCAGCUGCUUCACCGCCCCGUCACCAUCACGCUAAGCACGGGAGACGAGGACGACGAGGCGCCGCCGACCGACGGCGAAAACAUUGUUGUAGAGUCUCGCACCACAACACGAGGGGCGACCGACGAGGAAAGGCUGCAGCACUACUACCUCGUGGCCACCGAUGAGUGCCACCAGCACACGCUGUUGUACGCGCUCUACCGCCUUGGCCACAUCAAAGGCAAGACCCUCAUCUUUGUCAACGAGGAGGAGACGACGUACAAGGUUCAAAGCUUUUUGGCCCAGUUGGGGGUUGAGGCGCUCGUCUACGAUUCCAACCUGCCGCUCAACGUCCGCGUGGACACGCUCCACCGCUUUCAGGUUGGCUCCGUCGCCACACUGGUCUGCACCGACGGGACGCUGGAGAGCGUCGACGGUCUGCGGGACCCCGUGCCAGGGGUGUCGGAGGAGGCCGCGCUGACGCCCAGUAAAGGCGGGAAGAGGACGGACGACAAGAACGCUGGGGCGCUGCAGCGGGGAAUCGACUUCGCAGACGUGCGCAACGUCAUUCUCUUCGACGGCAUAUCGCAUCCGACGACCUCGGCCUUCUCGCGGUACACCCACCGCGUUGGGCGUGCCGGUAGGGCCGGCAAGGGCGGGAUGGCAAUCACGCUGCUUUCGCGACAGCAGGCGCAGAAAGUGACCCGACGGCUGCGCGAAUAUUUGCGGGCCACGCAUGACGCUUUUGAGCCGUUUAAGCAGCUGCACCGGCAGGAGGCGGCGAAGCUUCAGUACCGCGUAGACAAUGUGCUCUUCACGAUUACGAGGUCGUCCACCCGACGGCAGCGCAUUUCUGCCGUGGCCGCCGAACUCACGCGCAGCGCCUACCUGAAAAGCCACAUGAGUGAGAAGGAUGACACCGCACUUCGGCGCAUCUUGUCCCGCUCCAAGAAGACGACGAGGUGCGACCCAACGUUGCUGGACGUCCCACAUUACAUGCACAUUGAGGGGGCGGACUCCGCGGAAAAUUACCGCAAGCGUGUCCGUGCCCGUGCCUCCUCGAGGUCGCCCUCCUUUUCUCAACAGGCGAGGACAAAGUCACGGGAUCCACUCAGCCGUGUCGCCAGCGCCGUAAAGAUGGGGGCCGCGAAGAGGCGCAGGCUGUGA